CCCAUCUUCCACUGCUUUUUGCACAUUUUAGUGACAUUUCUGUAAAAAAAUGAAUAUUUUUAGAAUUGUAGGGGAUGUUUCCCACUUACUAGCUAUGAUCAUUCUGCUGAUGAAAAUGUGGAAGACCAAGUCCUGUGCUGGAAUAUCGGGGAAAAGCCAGCUACUGUUUGCCCUUGUGUUUACCACACGUUACUUGGAUUUGUUUACUAUGUUCCUAUCAAUCUACAACACUGUCAUGAAGGUCAUCUUCCUUAUUUGUGCGUAUGUCACAGUAUACCUCAUCUACAUGAGGUUACGCAAGACGUAUGAUAGUGAAAAUGACACAUUUCGUUUGGAGUUUCUGCUAGUACCAGUUAUUGGGCUGUCAUUCCUAGAGAACUACAAGUUUACACCUCUGGAGAUCCUCUGGACUUUUUCCAUUUAUCUGGAAUCUGUGGCCAUUCUGCCACAGCUUUUCAUGAUCACCAAGACAGGGGAAGCAGAAACGAUUACUACUCACUACCUCUUCUUCCUUGGGCUCUAUCGCCUGCUCUAUUUGGCCAACUGGAUUUGGCGUUACUACACUGAGAAUUUCUAUGACCAAAUAGCUGUUGUGUCUGGAGUUGUGCAGACCAUCUUCUACUUCGACUUCUUCUACUGCUACGUAACUAAAGUUCUCCGAGGGAAGAAGAUGAGUCUCCCCAUGCCAGUGUAAAGGACCAGGACUUCAGACUUCAGCUGACAAAGGUUAUGCCCUCACCAACAAGCCAUGGACUUAAAGUAACAGAGGGCAGUUUCACUCCUAAUUAAGUGUGCUCUUUAACUCCUUCCACAAUGUGGCAAUAAUGGUACAUUUGUUUUUCUGUUCUUUCAU